GAUCCUAUAGAAGCUUCUGUGUGUCCACUUUGCAUCCGUAGUCCACAUCACUCCUUUAGAGUGGGGAAAAGUGAUUUGUGGAAUCCUGGAGCCAGUGGAGCAAACAGCAGCAGCUCUGCUCAAUCUCAGCGCCAACAUGUUGUACCUGGAGACGGGGUCCACCACAUCUUACAACGAGUCACAGUACACAAACCUGGGGCUCCUGAACAGCAUGGAUCAGAACAUUCAGAACGGAGGCUCCACCUCCACCAGCCCCUACAACAACGACCAUGCACAGAACAACGUGACGGCCCCUUCACCCUACGCCCAGCCCAGCUCCACCUUCGACGCCCUGUCUCCCUCGCCGGCCAUCCCAUCCAACACAGAUUACGCCGGGCCCCACACCUUUGAUGUGUCUUUCCAGCAGUCUAGUACAGCCAAGUCUGCCACCUGGACGUACUCGACAGACCUAAAAAAACUCUAUUGUCAGAUAGCUAAGACCUGUCCCAUCCAGAUCAAAGUCCUGACCAACCCACCGCAGGGCGCCGUCAUCAGAGCCAUGCCUGUUUACAAGAAAGCUGAACAUGUGACCGAAGUGGUGAAGCGCUGCCCGAACCACGAGCUCAGCCGCGAGUUCAACGACGGUCAGAUAGCUCCUCCGAGUCACCUGAUCCGUGUGGAGGGAAACAACCACGCCCAGUACGUGGAGGACUCCAUCACUGGCAGACAGAGCGUAUUAGUUCCCUACGAACCUCCCCAGGUGGGGACAGAAUUCACCACAAUUUUGUACAAUUUUAUGUGCAAUUCGAGCUGCGUGGGUGGAAUGAAUCGCCGCCCAAUUCUUAUCAUCGUCACUCUGGAAACCAGAGAUGGUCAGGUAUUGGGCCGCCGGUGCUUCGAGGCCAGGAUCUGCGCCUGCCCGGGCCGAGACCGAAAGGCCGACGAGGACAGCAUCCGCAAGCAGCACGUAACGGACGCAUCAAAGAGCAGUGAGGCCUUCCGCCAGGUUUCUCACGGCAUCCAGAUGUCCACCAUCAAGAAGAGAAGAUCUACAGAUGAGGAGGUUUUUUGUUUGCCUAUCAAAGGCCGUGAAAUUUAUGAGAUUUUGGUAAAAAUCAAAGAGUCUCUGGAGCUCAUGCAGUUUCUGCCGCAGCACACUAUAGAGUCGUACAGGCAGCAGCAGCAGAAUCUCCUUCAGAAACAGACUUCCAUGCCGUCUCAGCCCUCCUACGGCUCCUGCUCCCCGACUCAAACCGGCAAAGUCAACAAGCUGCCCUCCGUCAGCCAGCUCAUCAACCCCCAGCAGCGCAACACGCUCACCCCAUCCAGCAUGACUGGAGGCCUGACUGACAUGACUCCUAUGAUGGGCACUCACAUCCCCAUGAACGACAUGAGUUCACUGAGUCCCACACACGCACUGCAGCAGCAGCUACCCCUGGUGCCUUCCUCCCACUGUACUCCCCCUCCUCCAUACCCAAUGGACAGCAGCAUCUCCAGCUUCCUUAUUCGGCUGGGCUGCGCAGGCUGCCUGGACUACUUCACAGCACAAGGCCUAACCAACAUCUACCAGAUUGAGAACUAUAACAUGGAGGACCUGUCCAGGCUGAAGAUCCCCGCCGAGUUCCAGCACCUCAUCUGGAAGGGCAUCAUGGAGCACCGACAGGCCAUGGAUUUUUCCCCACCCCCCCACAUAGUGCGCACCACCAGCGGGGCCUCCACCGUCAGCGUGGGCUCCUCCGAGGCCCGGGGCGAGCGCGUCAUCGACGCCGUGCGCUUCACCCUGCGCCAGACCAUCUCCUUCCCGCCGCGCGACGAGUGGUCCGACUUCUCCUUCGACCUGGAUUCUCGCCGCAACAAACAGCAGCGCAUCAAGGAGGAGGGCGAGUAAGACGACCUCCGUCUCGCUCUCGAUGUUUUUCAUUUCACGCCUGCUGUUGGAACAUUUCUGGUAUUAGCGCCAAAAAAAAAAAAAAAAAAAAAAAAAAUCACAUUCAAAUAGAAGUGCACUUAUUUUCAUUCUUCUUCCGGUUUUCGUUAUCGCCGAGGAGAAAUAAUCGGUGUUGAGCAAAGGUGCAUUUUAUUCUAAUUUCUUGAGAGCACUUAAGAAAUGCUGAGGAUUUCAAGCUUUGAGUUGUUUAACUGUUCGUGAUUCAUUCCCAUUUUUUAAGCAUGACUGGAAACAUUAGAGGGCUUAUUAGGGCUUAUAUUUCUGCUAUGGGCCAGAGCUAAAGUGUUUUUUGUUUUUUUAUUUGUUUUCGGUUGUACUCGUUGGUCAGGUACACUGGUUUUCAUUUGUGGCAAAAGUCAGCGUUGAUUGUAAACAUUUCAAACAUUUCCUGUCAGAAGUAUUAUGUCAGUUGAUGGGCAAUUUUGUUUUUCUGCUGUGUCCUCUAUAUUUUGCUUUUUUAUGUCUGUUGUGAGACCAACGCAUCACCUUUUUGUGUCAGGUUGUGAAGUAUGUUUUCAGUGACAGAUGGUCGUUCAUUUGAUGUAGCCACAUAUAGGCCUAAUGCUCUUGACCCAGUGUUUUACCGUAAAAUACUAUGACUGAUGUCCUUUUGUGUUCUUGUUCCUGCUGUACAAAAGUGGUCGUGAUAGCAUUAAAGAGCAGCUGUUUGCUCUUGCAGCGGAUGGUUAGCACAAGUUUUUUUUUUCUUAAAUUCAUGAACCAUGUUUUGGUAGAGGUGUAUUUCAUUUUAAAACUGCCCAAAACCUGCUAUAAGUGUAUAUAAAUUUGUAUAGUCCUUUUCUUUAUUCUUUUUUUUUUUUUUUUUUUUUGAAAGUCUCCCUUAAGAAAAUGCAUGAUUUUCAUCAUGGAACAAAGCGUACUGAUGUGAAUAUUACCUGGUGGCCUUACCAGUAAGAACAAUGUUUGUAUUAACUCAGAGUACAUGCAGUUUGUGUAAACUCUGUAGUAGCCAGGAGCCCAUUGUCAACUUUUUGUCAAGUAACCAGGAUUGUUAGAAAGCAGAGACAAUCUGCAAUUUCAUAUUUUUGUACAAUGUAUUGUAAAUAUGUUGCAAUAUGCCAAGGGUAUUUUGAUAUAAAUCUGAAAUAAAUAUCCAUAAUUGCUGUAUUGCAUGUUA